AUAAGCUCUUUUUCAAUCACUAAAGAUCCAAAAGCUUCGAUCGUUCUUUCUUUUUUGGGGGCAAGAAAAACAGAGCGAUAGAGAGUCGGAAACAGAGGGUGGUGGUGUAAUGAACAACAACAUCAACCUAGAAAAAGUGAGCCAAGAAGAAUCAACGAAAUGGAUUCUGGAGAGAAUUGAAAUCGACCAAAUGGGGGAUUUACCCGUUGACCAAUCAGAGACCACACCCCCCCAAUGCUCAAAUGGGAUUUGCUUGACCAAGAUUAAUAGUUCUGGGAGGAAGAAAAAUGUGGUUCAGGGUAAGCCACCUAAGAUCGGAAGAAUGACUUCUGGAGCUUCCAGGGGCCUCAAAAGUCUUCGUUUUCUUGACAGAACUCUUACUGGGAAGGAAAAUGAUGCCUGGAGAUCAAUUGAGAAGCGUUUUUAUCAGCAUGCAGUGAAUGGCAAACUCUGCCGAGAAAAAUUUGGCGUCUGUAUAGGAAUGGGAGGGGACUCAAAGGAUUUUGCAGGAGAGUUAUUUGAUACUUUGGCUAGGCGUAGAAGUAUAUCUGCAAAAGAUGGGAUAAAUCAAGAUGUUUUAAGAAAAUUUUGGGAGGAUAUGACUAAUCAAGACCUUGAAUCCAGAUUGCAGAUAUUCUUUGACAUGUGUGACAAGAAUGGAGAUGGGAAGCUUUCAGAGGAAGAGGUUAAGGAGGUUAUAGUUUUAAGUGCUUCGGCAAACAAGUUGGCGAAUCUUAAACAGCAAGCCUCAGCAUAUGCAUCUUUAAUCAUGGAAGAGCUUGAUCCUGACCAUCUUGGUUAUAUAGAGAUGUGGCAGCUAGAAACUCUACUUCGGGGAAUGGUGAACUCGAACACCGAAGAUACUAGCAAACUUUCGAAGAAAACUCAAACUCUCACAAGAGCCAUGAUUCCCAGAAGAUACAGAACACCUUUGAGCAAGUUCCUUUCCACAAGUGAGGAACUCAUCUAUGAAAACUGGAAGAGAAUAUGGGUUAUUGGUUUGUGGUUAACCAUCAACCUGGUCCUCUUUCUUUGGAAGUACUAUCAAUAUAAGAAUAAAGGAGCUUUCCAAAUCAUGGGUCGAUGUCUGUGCUUUGCCAAAGGGGCUGCUGAGACUCUCAAGUUCAAUAUGGCUCUCAUUCUCGUCCCAGUUUGUAGGAGAACUCUCACAAAGCUAAGAUCAUCAUUUCUCAGUAGGAUAUUUCCUUUUGAUGACAACAUCAACUUCCACAAGUUGAUUGCAGUUGCAAUAGCUUCAAUGACUUUUGUACAUGUAACAAUGCAUUUGACCUGUGAUUUUCCGAGAUUGAUUUCGUGUCCAAAACAAAAGUUUAUUAAUAUUUUGGGCCAAGAUUUCAAUUUCAAUCAGCCAACAUACCUGGACUUGCUCAAAAGUAUUCCAGGCAUAACUGGGAUUCUAAUGAUCCUUCUAAUGGCUUUCUCCUUUACUCUAGCAACACACUCGUUUAGGAGAAGUAUCGUCAAAUUGCCAUGGCAAUUCCACCAUUUGGCAGGGUUCAAUUCCUUCUGGUAUGCACAUCAUUUGCUGGCUCUCGUGUAUGUACUCUUUGUCAUACAUGGCUACUUUCUAUAUCUCACCCAUGACUGGCACAAAAAGACGACUUGGAUGUAUAUCAUUGUCCCGGUCUUAUUCUAUGCAACCGAAAGGACUUAUUCAAUCAUCAAUGAAAGCAACCACCGAGUGAAUGUUAUUAAGGCAAUAAUAUACACAGGGAAUGUACUAGCUUUAUACAUGAGCAAACCUCCAGGAUUCAAGUAUAAAAGUGGAAUGUACCUUUUUGUCAAGUGUCCAGAUAUAUCAAGUUUUGAAUGGCAUCCUUUCUCCAUCACCUCCGCGCCUGGAGAUGACUACUUGAGCGUCCACAUAAGGACCUUAGGAGAUUGGACUACAGAGCUUAAAAACAGAUUUACACAGGCAUGUCAGCCAGAAAAUACUCAAGCAAGGAGAGGAAACCUCGUUCGGAUGGAAACCAAAGCCAUCUCAGACUACAAAUGUCCACAACCAGAGUAUCCAAGAAUCCUCAUAAAGGGACCCUAUGGAGCACCAGCUCAGAAUUUCAAGAAAUAUGACAUCCUCUUGCUCAUAGGUCUUGGAAUCGGAGCAACUCCUUUCAUCAGCAUUCUCAAAGAUCUUUUAAACAACAUCAGGACAAAUGAUCUGGAAUGUGGAUCAUCAACAGGCGGUAUUUCGUUAGAUUCAAAUAAAAAAUGUCCUAAAAGAGCGUACUUCUAUUGGGUAACAAGGGAACAAGGAUCCUUUGAAUGGUUUAAAGGUGUCAUGGAUGAUAUCGCCGAGUACGACCAAGAUCGCAUCAUAGAAAUGCACAACUACUUGACUAGUGUAUAUGAAGAAGGAGAUGCAAGGUCUGCUCUUAUUGCCAUGGUUCAGCAGCUGCAACAUGCUAAGAAUGGAGUUGAUGUUGUCUCAGAAAGCCGGAUUAAAACACAUUUUGCAAGACCGAAUUGGCGAAAAGUGUUUUCGCAGUUGGCAACUAAGCAUGAAGCCUCUCGAAUUGGAGUUUUCUAUUGUGGAAGUGCUACACUUACCAAACCACUGAAGAAACUUUGCCAAGAGUUUAGCUUAAAUUCAUCAACUCGCUUCCACUUUCACAAGGAGAAUUUCUAGAUUAACUAUCAUUAACACUCAAGCUUUUGUAAAAAAGAACAAAAAAAGUUUAAUAUUUGUCAAUUACCACUGUAUAUUCAGAAAGUGAGACAAUACAAGUAGAAAAUGUGUAAAAUUUUGAAGCCAAAUAUUAACUGCAAUUAUAGUCA